GCGGAAGCAGCGGUGAAGCAGCGGUGAAGCAGCGGAGCUCUAGCCGCAGCAGCAGCGCUCAGGAUCGGCCACACACCGGCUGACAUGCCGCGGGGAUGAUGGCUGCCUUCGGCAUUCUGAGCUACGAACACAGGCCUCUCAAACGGCCCAGACUCGGUCCUCCGGACGUUUAUCCGCAGGACCCGAAGCAAAAGGAGGAUGAGUUGACGGCAUUGAACGUCAAGCAAGGAUUUAACAACCAGCCAGCUGUUUCAGGCGAUGAGCAUGGCAGCGCUAAAAAUGUCAAUUUCAACCCUUCAAAGAUCAGCUCAAACUUCAGCAGCAUCAUUGCGGAGAAGUUACGCUGCAACACAUUUCCAGACACUGGCAAGAGGAAGCCGCAGGUCAAUCAGAAGGACAACUUCUGGCUUGUCACAGCGCGGUCGCAGAGCUCCAUUAAUAACUGGUUCACAGACUUGGCCGGGACCAAACCCUUAACUCAGCUCGCUAAAAAGGUUCGCUUUUGCCAUGCUGCGGUUUGUAAACUCUGAACAGAGCGCUUGUGUAGAUCCAGAACAUGCUGUUAACAGCACACAAACCUUUAC